CCCGCCCCCUCUUAGCAUCACGGCUAACUGACAUGUUUGACUGCAGAGCAGCAGAGAAGCUCUGUAAACAGCAGACCAGCUCGGUGCCAACAGAUACUUAAACAUGGCGACUCACAGCACUGUUAGCUGCCGCUUAUUGAACCGACUGAACACUUUAACUCUGAACAAACCUUUACAAAGUGUCCACGGGGACAUCCAGAGACUCUACUCCAGUGCGACGCAAAAGGAAAAUGAACUUGAACUUGGUGACUCGACUUUGUCUGCUUCUAACUUCCCUGCAGCUUUGAAAAGCUCCUCCAGACAGCAGAGACUCAGAGACGACAGCGUUCUCCCCUUCUCAGCGUUCCUGACGGAUGGCUUCGGUCGGAGGCACAGCUACCUGCGAAUCUCCCUGACUGAAAAAUGCAACCUGCGCUGUCAGUACUGCAUGCCGGAGGAGGGCGUGAAGCUGACACCACGAAGCCAGCUGCUGUCCACCUCGGAGAUCCUGUGCCUGGCCCGCCUCUUCGUUCAGGAGGGGGUGGAGAAAAUCCGGCUUACUGGAGGAGAGCCUCUCAUCAGACCUGAUGUGCUUGAUAUCAUCACAGAACUGAGGAAGCUGGAGGGCCUGAGAACCAUUGCAGUGACGACAAACGGCAUGAACUUGGCCAAGCUUCUGCCUAAGCUGAAAGACGCUGGACUGGACCUGAUAAACAUCAGCCUGGAUUCUUUGGUCCCGGCCAAGUUUGAGUUCAUCGUGAGGCGGAAAGGAUUUCAAAAGGUCAUGGAGGGUAUUGAGAAGGCCAUCGAAAUGGGCUACAACCCCGUCAAGGUGAACUGUGUGGUCAUGAGAGGCCUGAAUGAGGACGAGCUGCUGGACUUUGUGGCGCUGACGGAGAAGAAGCCUCUGGACGUGCGCUUCAUUGAAUACAUGCCCUUCGACGGCAACAAGUGGAACUUUAAGAAGAUGGUGAGUUAUCAGGAGAUGCUGGACCGCAUCAGGCAGCAGUGGCCCGACCUGGAAAUGCUUCAAACUGGACACGCAGACACAGCCAAGACGUUUAAAGUGCCAGGCUUCGAGGGUCAGGUCGGCUUCAUCACCUCCAUGUCGGAUCAUUUCUGUGGUUCCUGCAACCGCUUACGCAUCACGGCAGACGGUAACCUGAAGGUGUGUUUGUUCGGGAACUCUGAGGUGUCCCUGAGAGACGUGUUGCGCUCCGGUUCAUCAGAAGAAGAGCUUCUUGAAAUCAUCGGAGCAGCAGUGGGCAGGAAGAAGAAACAACAUGCAGGAAUGUUCAGCAUCUCUCAGAUGAAGAACCGGCCUAUGAUCCUCAUUGGUGGGUGACAUGGCUGUUCAACAUCCCAAACGUCCACGUCACAGCACAGCCAGAGAGAUCCCCCCAUUGUUUCCCAGCUAACAAAUGUCACCCUCAUCUCAGCAGCAACAGCUCCUCACAUGUGCCAGUCAGGCAGCAGGAGAGUCCUGAAGAGGGGUGAGGGAUUUUUGUGCCUUCCAAGUCAAGCAGCCCCUGUUAGCCUCCCUGCAAAAGUAAACAGCGGCAGCAUCCACAUCAUAUCACACUACAACAAAGAGAAACCCAACGUGACGCACACAGUAACGCCUCUUUCUUCCUCUGAGGUUGGUAAAGAUCUCAGUUUCACUGCAAGUUUGACUUCAAACAACCGGAGUGUCAUUAACGAAGACUGUCUCAGGUACUCACAAGUCAGGGGUCCACACGCUCUGAAGAGCCACUUACCGAGGACCCCACAAACACAGAUGUUUUGCACACAACUAAUGAACGCCAAGAAUCCUUUUAAACACACUCAUGUAAGACUGUGUCAUAAUAAGAGCUCCAAUGAAGACCUUAAAAUCAGACAGCGAGAGAGUGAUCCGAGCAGGUCAGACACGAAUAUCUCCAACACUAACCAGAAGAAAACCACUGACGCACAGCUGACGCACACGGACGAUCAGGGCCGAGCCGCCAUGGUGGAUGUCGGAGAGAAGGUUCCCACGCGGCGAACCGCCACAGCGAGCGCCACCGUCAUCUUGGGCCCCACCGCCUUCCGGCUGCUCCGGGACAACCAGCUGGCCAAAGGUGACGCCCUGGCUGUGGCGCGGUUAUCCGGCAUCAUGGCUUCCAAGCAGACCUCGGCCCUCAUUCCGCUCUGCCACCCGCUCCCUUUAGACCACGCCUCCGUCACCUUUGACCUGGAUGAGGUGCGGGACGCCGUGGUCAUCGCAGCAACAUGUCGCACUACAGGCAGAACAGGAGUGGAGAUGGAGGCUUUGACGGCAGUAUCUGUCGCAGCACUGACUGUGUAUGACAUGUGCAAGGCUGUGAGCCACGAUAUCGUCAUCACGGAUGUAAAGCUGGUCAGUAAGACCGGCGGGAAGAGGGACUUUGUUCGUCAUCCUAGCGCUCGUCCCUCGCCAUAAAACCUCACCAAGAAAAGUGAGACUGACUCACUGCUGUAUUUACUUUCCAGUUAUAUUCCACUUAUCCUGUUUAAUAUGAAUCAUUUUAUGGAAA